GAAAAGGCCUACUUUACUGUUUACACUUCAAUUGAUCCUGCUCUGUUGAUUUUGCUGGUCUUGUUAUACUCCAAGGUGGUGUACACGUUAUGGUUCAAGCACAGUGAUAAUGUACUUACACAUCAACAACAGGUAGGCCAUAACUUGGUUUAGCCCCGGAAAGUGGGAUAGUCAACAAAGUAUUACACGGGGAGGCUCUCCCUUGAUGUCCAUCCCUUUAUCCUUUUAUAUACCAUUUUUGACAGGAGAGUUACCCUUUUCGGGCGGAGCCUCGCAUAUAGGCCAUUACAGGAAGUAACCCCCAGGGGAUUUAGCUGUCCUUUAACUCGGGUUUACCUCCUCCCUUACAUAUUAAAGUUAUAAUGGUGUGUAUGGCAACAAAGGGUUAUGGUAUUUUGACCAUUAUGGUGUUUUAGGUCUCAAAUAGUGUAAGGUUUCCUGUUCCUGAUCUUACAGUUUGGACUCUAAGGUUUAAAUUUUUUCUAUCAUACAGAACAAGACGAAACAAUGGGUAUUAUAGAUCACUCACAUUGAACACUCGGGUAACCUGUGGUUUAUGGAUUUGUUUUGUACACAGGGUGUGUUGAGGUUAAGGAAGCGGGUCACCUUGAUGGUUGUUUCCAUCAGUACCAUUCUUGUAAUCUCGUGGGGAACAGACGGAAUAUUGCACCUGAUAGAAGAAUAUGCUAGCACCGUGAAACUGAGUCCUUUAACGACUCCUAUCGCGCACACGAUAAUAAUAUUUAACUCUGCCGUCAAUCCCUUUGCUUACGCUUUGCUGAACCCAAGAUUCAGGACGAAGAUGAAGCAAAUGGUAUGUCCGCGUUCUUUUGCAACAAGG